AUGGCUUGGUGGCUGGCCCUGUUGGCCGUGGGGGUCGCAGCCCAAACCAAGGCUGACCCUGGCCGCGUGGAGGUUCCUGGCAACACCUCCGUGUCGGCCGAGGACAGUCCAGUCAAGGGCAAUGGAAGCCAGCCAACUAUGACAGGGAAGGUCCUCGGAAUGAACUCUUCCAGCAAGAUGGGGCAGUCCUUUAACUGCCAUCCCGGCUACCUCUACUGGCCCCUGUGCAACUUGUGCUGCCGAAAUGAUGGGUGGGUGUGCAACCCGCAGCGCAAGACCUGCGUGAAGAUAUCGGUAGUGGGCUCCCGCCGCCGUGCCCCCCUCCGACGCCGUGAACCCCUCCGACGCCGUGCCAGGAGGAGGCGGUGA